CUUCGCCUGUUCAGAAAGCAAAGUGCAAGCCGUCGGGAAAGAUUGUUUUUCGUUUGAGCUCCUGUGUGCUGUUAUCCGUCGCUGCGCCGUGCCCGUGGAAGAAAAAGAGAACGCUAGUUAGUGGUGUAUGGGUGUGUGGGCUAGAAGAAAGGAGAAUCAUCAUCGCCGUCGAUUGCAUUUAUUUCUUUUUUGAAAACUGGUUUUUCUUUCGAAUUGGUCGCGGCCGCGGGUCCGAAAAAAGGUAGUGUACGUGUGGGUGCGCGUUUGCCAUCCUAUCUGUACACAUAAUCGGUGAGCAACGGUGCCUUGUGUGUUGGUGUGUUUAUUCAUCGAGAGAUUUUCUGAUUAAUCAGAAGGGAAAUUUUUGCCGUAUCGCUCGACUACCAAUGGCUGGAAAAGCUGUUUUUCCGUGUUCCGGUGGAACCUAAAAUAGGGGCAUUCAGUGUUUUUAGUCGUGAUAGUUGCAGUUUCGAUACUGGAAGAAUAGCCAAUUGUGAAUUGUUCUCAUAAUUCCUGAGAAAAUUUUUAGUGUUGGUAAAUUAAAAUGUUCUAUCUAUUUUUAUGGCGUAUGGAAUAAGAAGAUAGUGACAAUUCGUGAAAUGUUUUACAGUUGUGGACCGGUUUCGUGAUCUAAAGGAACAACAGUAGCCACAAGUGAAUGUACAAAACCUUGCAGUAUUGCUUCGGGCAAUACAGAAGAGUUCAGGAAUUGUGCAGAUUUGUCACGAGCCGUCGGAUUCGUUUGUAAUUCCGGGAGUGCUUGCAAAGAAGAAAAAGAAACCCUAUUGUAUAAAGUUGCGAAUCAAGUCAGGCCUCUGCCUUCUCUCUGUUGGUGGAAUAAAUAUUCAUCCCAUCGCGGCAGUGUUAUAUUGAAAAGGAGAAAAUAAUACGAAAACACGCAAAACUCACACAGGUUUAAUCGUUCGUGGUUCAGCAAAUAUCCCACGACGACAGCGGCAGAAACUUAAAACCGUCAGCAUAAUCAUCAAUCCAAGUCAGCGCUAUCAUCGAGGGACGACGACGACGACUACUUCGAUUACGUCAAAAUGGCGCAUCAAAUGAUGCCCCAGUCAGUGAACUGCUCACUAGACGAUAUCGAUCUAAAUGCUUUGAAGGACCCAGCUGGAAUCUUCGAGCUAAUCGAAGUUGUUGGAAACGGAACCUAUGGACAGGUUUAUAAGGGUCGCCACACAAAGACUGGACAACUCGCUGCCAUUAAGGUGAUGGAUGUCACCGAAGAGGAGGAGGAGGAAAUCAAAUUGGAGAUCAAUGUGCUCAAAAAGUACUCCAACCACCGAAACAUUGCCACGUAUUAUGGUGCAUUUAUCAAAAAGACGUCGGCCGGCAAGGACGACCAGCUGUGGCUGGUGAUGGAAUAUUGCGGGGCCGGUUCUGUCACCGAUUUGGUCAAAUCGACUAAAGGCCAGAGCUUGAAGGAGGAAUGGAUUGCCUACAUCUGUCGGGAAAUCCUGCGAGGACUAAGCUAUCUGCACACAAACAAAGUGAUACAUCGGGAUAUCAAGGGUCAGAACGUACUGCUGACGGACAAUGCCGAAGUCAAACUGGUGGAUUUCGGCGUAUCAGCACAGUUGGACAAAACUAUCGGCCGGCGAAACACAUUCAUCGGAACGCCCUACUGGAUGGCACCGGAAGUCAUUGCGUGUGACGAAAACCGGGAUGCUACCUACGACAAUCGGUCCGAUCUGUGGUCGCUGGGAAUCACGGCGUUAGAAAUGGCAGAGUCGCAGCCUCCGUUAUGCGAUCUGCAUCCGAUGCGUGCCCUGUUUCUUAUUCCUCGAAAUCCCCCGCCUCGGCUGAAGUCGAAAAAGUGGUCCAAAAAGUUUCACGGCUUCAUUGAUACAGUGCUUGUGAAGGAUUAUCACCAACGACCUUACACGGAACAGUUACUGAAGCAUCCAUUCAUCAAGGAACAGCCAACAGAAAGACAAGUACGGAUACAGCUGAAAGACCAUAUCGAUAGGUGUAAGAAACGUAAACAAGAAAAAGAACGAGAUGACUAUCGGUACUCUGGUUCGGAGAACGAAGAGGAGGAAGUACAACCUGGGGAACCAUCCUCCAUUAUUCAGGCUCCGGGGGGUGAUACUCUGCGACGGAACUUCCAGCAAAUCCAGGAAGGUCGAACGAUGCAAAAUGCAGAACAACAGCAGCCGCCGAAUGCGAAUCGAAACCAGAAGCCACAGCAGCGCGACGAACGAAGUAAACAGCAACCGGUGGAAGAACCGGGACCUCCUUCACGGCCAGCUCUACCUCAGCGUCUGAUAGUGGUACCUGAUCCGCCGGCCAAUGCCAACGCCAACCGGCCGCUGCCUCCGACACCUCGGUCCAGCAGUGGAUCGUCCUCCCAACCGCAACAGCCAUCAUCCCAGCAGCAAACGCCCCAGCAACCACCACGAAACUCUCAGAAUAUCUUCAAACCAAUGUUGCCGCCACGACGACCCGAGGAUUUGGACAUGUUAGCCGCACAACUAAAUGAAUUGGGCGUCUCCCAACAGUCUCAGCAGCAAGCACAGCCGGAAGCGCCACCACGGAAUAACCGGCAGCAGCAACAGCAGCCCAGCAGUACCAGUGCCAGCAGUGGUAAGCCGCCCGUGACCGCCGUCGCCGCCAAUGGUAACAACAACGGCAGCAGCAGUGGCGGCGGUCUCGGCAAUAACAAUAACAACAAUCACCACCACGCCCAACCGAUCAACCCGCUGGAUCCGAUCGAAAGUUCCGACUCCGACUCGGAACCGGAAGAACCGAACGAUCGGGCGCGCAACGACGGCACGCUGCUGGCCAGCGAUCCGCCGAAGCCACUUCCCGAAUUCUCCUAUAGGCCUGGCGGACUGGGGGUACUCUCUGAGACGGAUCCUCCCUCAACAACCACACCCGGCGGCAGCAACAACAGUGUGCUGUCGCCUCCAGGCGGCGGAGGUGGACCCCCUAACAGACCACUUCCGCCGACGCCGGAUGACGACGAUGCACAGGGCGAUCGGACGUUGAUCAAAAGGAACUAUGACAAUAAGUCGACUUCAUCAGUUGGGACCACGGCAUCAUCCGCCUCAACAGGAUCUACUCCGUCGGAAAGUGACGAAGCCGUUCUUUUAAGGGACUGGGAUUUCGAACGAUUCUUCCCAUCCAAUGAGCGCCCUCGACCCCAGCAACGUCAUUCCAUGUCGGAUAAGUCUUCCUCGUCAUCACCAGCAGAAUCCAACUCCCGAUUGAAUGGGUUUGACAAAUUCCGCAAGGAGCGUGAAAAUAGUAAAGUUUCGAACCUCGCUUUCGCCGAGAAGCGAAAGGUUGAGGAAAUGAACAACAAGAUCCGCCUGGAAGAGCGAGUGAAGAGUGAAAUCUUCGCUAGACAAUACCAAAAACAGCAAUCUCCCGGAAAAUCUAGUCCUGGUUCUUCUACUAGCCAGCCGAAUCCACAACAACCGCAACAGCAGUUCCUUAAGCAAUCUCACAAACGUCAGGACUCUGACUCUAAAUUGUCUCUGAAUUUCGUGCGCGGUUUCCGCAGAGAAAAUUCCGACUUCUUUCCACUGUCCAAGCGUCACUCGGCUAUCCUAGGCGAUCAAAACACACCUAGCAGUAGCAACGGUAAUGCCAAACAAAUGUCUACCAGUGCAAUCCAGCAACAGCAACGUUCCAGUGCCAUUUUCUCUCGCAACCGAAAUAAGGGCGAACCGAUUCUUACCGAUUUCACCGUGACGAAACGUGCUGACGGUGAAGAUAUAAGGCCACGAACCCCACCGAGACCCUCGGUUGCGAACGGUUCCCAACAAUCCAACGCUAGCUCCGGACAAGCUCCGAUUCGGCAGGCUACUCCGCAAGCACGAAAUUUGGACUUUCUGCGACCUCGGCGGGAGAAAACCGAAUCGGUGAUUUUUGUGCGUAAUUCUCCAACGCGACAACAACUGUUUGAUAGUCAGAACCGUGCGGGUGAAAACAGCAGUUUGGGUACCCCAGGUCAACGCACCAGCAGUGUCCUGCCGGAUCUACUGAGUCAAGCAUCGCCAGCCACGCCGCCACGCCAUGAUAAAUCAGCCAGUGAAGAGUAUCGAGCAGCCGUCAGUUCCUCUGCCCAUUCCACACCAUCCAAGUCCUUCGUCGGCGUUGCGAGCGUCGGCCCCAUCAACAGUAACAACAACAGCAACAGCAAUAACAUUUUUAUCCAUAGCAGUAACAGUCAUAACAAUAGUAACAACCACCACCACAGCCAUGGAGCUGGUGGUGGAGGUGGAGGUGGAAAUGGCAACUCGUCACCCCACUCGACGGUGUCGAAUUCGUCUGCUUCCUCCCGCCACAACAGUCCAAACCAUUCGAAUAACAUUAGAAAUCUGAAAAACCACAAUAAUCUUUCGCAUAGUAGCAAUAAUAACAAUCAUUUACCUCCCUAUCACCAUCAUUUACAACAACAAUUGUUGCACCAUCAACAAUCGCAACCUGCAUCGCUAAACUCCGUCUCCGGUGGAAUCGGUGGUGCCACUCCGCCAUUGCCCCCGUACGCUCUGGCCUUGCAACAGAAGCAGCGAAGUUUCCUCACGUUCGGUUUCAGCGCAGGCUCCGGCGGAUCGAGUGCAGCCCGGCGGGAAAGCCAUGUUAACGUCAAUGUCACACCAACAUCGCACGAUGCCGCUAGCGAUACACCCGAGAUCCGCAAGUACAAGAAACGGUUCAACUCGGAGAUACUGUGUGCUGCCCUGUGGGGUGUCAAUCUGCUUAUAGGAACCGAGAACGGUCUCAUGUUGCUGGAUCGGUCCGGACAGGGAAAGGUCUAUCAACUGAUAUCGAGGAGAAGAUUCCAGCAGAUGGAAGUCCUAGAGGGUCAAAACAUUCUGGUCACAAUAUCCGGCAAAAAGAAUCGCGUUCGAGUGUAUUAUUUGUCGUGGCUCAAAUCGAAAAUCCUGCGAACCGACGGGAUGGGCGAUCAACAAGUGGAACGUCGGAACGGCUGGAUCAACGUAGGCGAUUUGCAGGGCGCAGUUCAUUUCAAAAUAGUCAAAUACGAACGCAUAAAGUUUCUGGUGAUUGCGCUCAAGGACUCGAUCGAAAUUUACGCCUGGGCUCCAAAACCGUACCACAAAUUUAUGGCAUUCAAGAGUUUCGGUGAAUUGAUGCAUCGUCCUCUGCUUGUCGACUUGACCGUAGAAGAGCAGACUAGGCUGAAAGUGAUUUACGGUUCGGCCGAAGGAUUCCAUGCAGUCGAUCUCGACUCGGCCACCGUUUACGAUAUCUACCUUCCUAAACAUACUCAGGGUCCAAUUUCGCCACACUGCAUCGUUACGUUGCCCAACUCCAACGGUAUGCAGUUGUUACUCUGCUAUGACAACGAGGGUGUCUACGUCAAUACAAUGGGCCGGGUGUCGAAAAACAUUGUCCUGCAGUGGGGCGAAAUGCCGACAUCAGUUGCAUACAUCGGCACCGGGCAGAUUAUGGGCUGGGGCAACAAGGCAAUUGAGAUCCGUUCGGUAGAAACCGGCCACCUGGACGGAGUUUUCAUGCAUAAGAAAGCCCAGCGACUCAAGUUCCUGUGCGAGAGGAACGACAAGGUGUUCUUCAGCAGUGCCAAAGGUGGUUCAUCCUGUCAGAUCUACUUCAUGACACUGAACAAACCCGGAAUGGCCAACUGGUAAUGGCGGGGGUUUGACCCUGCGUGCGCGUGUGAAUGGACUACCACAUCAAUAGUUGGUUGAAUGCCUGAGUUAGUGUAGAACAAAACGUUUACCCAUAUAUUAUUAUUCAAGAUGCAAGAAAACACUGUUAAGGUAAGUCAUUUAAUGGUGUUUUGCGAAGUAGUAGGAGUUCUGGUUUUCUUUCCCCGCAUGUAAGCUGAAUCUGGAUUUGCGUAGAACAUACAAGCACAGAAAGUUAAUCAUGUUAGUGAGACAAGUGUAAAGCAAAAGUCGUAUAUAAUAAUUCUAUUAUUAACAGAGUAAGCGAAUAGAUCAACACGAAUAGUCCUUUAACAAAUGGUUUUCGAGUCCCUUUCCGGUGCUGCAACGGAAAAAACAGUUCAUCCCCGCGAAGUGUGGGAGAACGAAGAAAAGACUUUUUCCCAGCUUAUUGACUCCCGUAACAAGCAUUCAGUCUAAAUCUUUUUAUGUUUUUCCUGAGUAUAAACAAAUACAAUAAACACCGUCGUGCUCCACGCAUCCUCGCAUAUUUGGCACACAUCAAACGCAAUCAAGCAGCAAUUAAUCAAAUCCAUGUUUCUUCUCGCAAAUUGGCAGUUCGUUACACUGCAGUACGUCUAGAGUACGUGUUGUUAAAAGCGGUAGCAUUUUGAGAAGCGAUUGCUGUUGUGCGAGUUUGUUGUCCACUUAGUUUGCUGUAAAUAGAAAAAAAAUCGCGAAAUAAAGCAUGUCAAAAGACGAUCUACGGAAUGCUUAUCACUGCUUUAUAAUACUUUCCCGGGACCGUGUUAACUAAAUAAAUAUUGAAAGAUAAUGUUAGCCGAAAAAAAACUACAGUUUGCGUAUUUUCAUCCAGCAAGCAGGUUACUUCAGGAAAAAUAAUUCAUGCAUUUAUAAUAAAUGUUUUGUUUGGCGAACAACUUUCGGACAAGGGAAUUGGUUAUACAUUUUUGCUGAGGAAAUAGUGGCUAUUUUAGUCCUUAUAUAGAACCCACACUUUAGAGCAUUAUUUACAGGACAUCAUUAUUUCACAAACAUAUUUCACAGAUCUUUUUUCUGAUGCGAUUUUCAAUAUUUACGAAACCUUUCAUUCUCUUUGAGACGGCAAGCUGAACAUUAAAAUUUUUAGUUUCUAUUUGUUACGCUCAACAAGUGCCAUUUUUUUCUGUUUUAUCUGAUUGUUUAGAUCCCUUCAGUUUCUCACAUAUACCCAGAGGUUCCCUUUAAUAUUCGUUUUCGAUUUUUAUGUUUAUUUUUAACUGUGCAAUAACUCUCACUAGUUAACCUCCAUAACCUCCAUAGUCUCCGUGCUAUCAAAUUGCGGGUUACGCUAACCCUUAUCACACACCAUUUCACACCGAAGAACUUUUGUAUGCUUGAUCAACUCUAGCACAGGAGAAGUCUGAAAAUACAGUCACUCUUAACAUUCGCGUAUGUUAGUAAAAUUUCGAACAAAGCAUUGCACUAACUGAAAACAUGAUUAAAUUAAAUCAAACUAUAGAAAACGAACAGCCCAUUUAGCAGAAGAAUGUUUAACGAAAGAAAUAUUAGCAGAUAAUACAACAAUAGAUAAUUAUAAGACAAAAAGUUAGAAACAUUUUUUUUUCUUUUUUGACAAAUCAAACACAAAUCCAAUCAACCGGAGCGAUAGCAGAAAGAAAAACUGUUACUCAGUUUUAUCGCCAUACUGCAAGAAAGAGAAAAAUCGUGUAAUAAAAUAAAUGCCUUUAAACAAUAUGAAACCAGAAAACAGUGAUAGGAACAUUACAUACCCUCACGAACCUAUUUUAAUAAGGUUACCUUGGUUACUCACUUAUGCCCCACCAAGAGAAUUCCAGCUAAACUCUUGUUCCAUCUUACCGUUCGUUAAUCGUCAUGUAUAUUUCUCAACCACUACAACCGUGUGCUCAUACUAAUACCCGACGCAUUUCACUCAUACCAUACAUACACACAAGCAUACCACUCACGUACACCUAUACAAGUAUUCUUAAAGGAAACAUUUUAUCUCUGUCAUAUCUUCAUUAUUAGUCGUGCGCUUCAUUUCGCAGAUAGCAAAAAAAAUCUGGAAUAAAAUAUAGCGUCCCUCAACUCAUAUACACAAGUACACGCAAACAGUGAACGAUUUUUAUAUGCUGUAAGUAAAUGAAUAAAAGGAAUAAUUCCUUCAUCACAAACACAUACACACACACACUCAUACAUUUUCGCAAACACCCACACUUUGUCUACACUCUAUCAUUAUUGAGCAAACAUUUAAUUAAAGAAUGGAAGCGACAAGUGCAGAACACGAGUCUUUUAAUAGAAAUACAAUUAUAAAUAUAUAAACGAAUUGAAAGUAAUUAUAUGGUAAUAACUAUGAAGAAAAAAAAACACCCAAACAAACUGCUGCUCGUUAGAACUUACGUAGUACACAUAACGGAUAUAGGCGACAGAUAAGAAUGUAAUCGGCAAAGAAAGCACAUGAACAAAAGAAACCGGGCAGGAGAAAAAAAAACUCAGAUUACCAACAAAGCAAUUGGAAUGGAGAACCUUUCGUUGCCCAAAGUUUCUACCUUUUGCAGGUGGGGUGGCCAUUGCGAACAAUGAAGCGAAAGAAGAGAAAACAACAGACGCGCGAACAAUACAAAUAGAAGUGAACACUGACGAGAGGGGUAUGAUUGGGGUUAAGAAGAGAAGUUUAGACAUUAAUAGGGAUAUUUAUAAUAAAACAUGACAAAAAAUCUG